UUAAUUCCUCGCCUCAAACCCCCCCUCUCUCUACGAAAAACCCUUAAACCUCGUUUUUAGAGAGAGAACGUAAAUCGAAAGACAUUACAGUACAUAAUGGCUUUGUUGGUGGAGAAAACAACCAGCGGCCGUGAGUACAAGGUCAAAGACAUGUCUCAGGCCGACUUCGGUCGGCUCGAGAUCGAGCUUGCCGAAGUUGAAAUGCCCGGUUUAAUGGCUUGCCGGACCGAGUUCGGCCCAUCCCAGCCAUUCAAAGGAGCCAAAAUCACCGGUUCCCUCCACAUGACAAUCCAGACCGCAGUUCUCAUCGAAACCCUUACAGCUCUAGGCGCAGAAGUGCGUUGGUGCUCAUGCAACAUCUUCAGCACCCAAGACCACGCCGCUGCUGCCAUAGCACGCGACUCAGCGGCCGUGUUCGCCUGGAAAGGAGAGACUUUGCAGGAGUACUGGUGGUGCACUGAGCGCGCCCUUGACUGGGGCCCAGGCGGUGGCCCAGAUCUGAUCGUUGACGACGGUGGGGAUGCCACUCUGUUGAUUCACGAAGGUGUUAAGGCUGAGGAGAUUUAUGAGAAGACCGGUCAGGUUCCUGACCCGACUUCUACUGAUAAUGCGGAGUUUCAGAUUGUGUUGACUAUAAUCAGAGAUGGGCUAAAGACAGAUCCUAAAAAGUACCACAAAAUGAAGGAAAGAUUGGUGGGUGUAUCUGAGGAGACAACUACCGGUGUUAAGAGAUUGUAUCAGAUGCAAGCUAAUGGGACUUUGUUGUUCCCUGCUAUCAAUGUUAACGACUCUGUUACUAAGAGCAAGUUUGACAACUUGUAUGGAUGCCGCCACUCCCUCCCUGAUGGUUUAAUGAGGGCUACUGAUGUCAUGAUUGCCGGCAAGGUUUCUGUUGUCUGUGGUUAUGGUGAUGUUGGCAAGGGCUGUGCUGCUGCCUUGAAGCAAGCUGGAUCUCGUGUGAUCGUGACUGAGAUUGACCCAAUCUGUGCCCUUCAGGCUCUUAUGGAGGGCUACCAAGUCUUGCCUCUGGAAGAUGUUGUCUCCGAAGCUGAUAUCUUUGUCACCACCACAGGUAACAAGGACAUCGUCAUGGUCGAUCACAUGAGGAAGAUGAAGAACAAUGCCAUUGUCUGCAACAUUGGUCACUUUGACAAUGAAAUUGAUAUGCACGGUCUUGAGACCUUCCCUGGUGUGAAGAGGAUCACCAUCAAGCCCCAAACUGAUAGGUGGGUCUUCCCUGAUACCAACUCAGGCAUCAUUGUCUUGGCUGAGGGGCGUCUCAUGAAUUUGGGUUGUGCCACUGGUCACCCAAGUUUCGUGAUGUCUUGCUCUUUCACCAACCAGGUCAUUGCACAGCUCGAGUUGUGGAGGGAAAAGGCAACUGGCAAAUAUGAAAAGAAGGUCUACGUCUUGCCUAAGCAUCUUGAUGAGAAGGUUGCUGCUCUUCAUCUUGGAAAGCUUGGAGCCAAGCUCACCAAGCUCUCCAAGGACCAGGCUGACUACAUCAGCGUGCCAGUUGAGGGUCCUUACAAGCCUGCUCACUACAGGUACUGAGGUGGAAGAGAAGCUUGAGAAAAAACUACAUAAUGGACGGCUUGAUUGUUUUCUUUUUAUUUUACAUUUUGAUGAUGAUUUGUGGUAGAAUAUUAGGCUUUUGAUUUUUGUAGGAUUUUGUGUUUUGGUGGGGAGGAGAGAGUGAAUUGGAAGGAAAGAAAUCGAUUGGUCUCUGUUGAAGACCAAAUCGGAUUGAAUAAAGUUAAGGAAUGGAAGGUUGUGUUGGAUGUGUACUAUAGCUGCUGCCAUUUCAUUUCUGGUGCAGUUGUUUAUCAUUUUAUUCACCAUAAAACAAAGCAAAAAAAAAUUAUUAUUA